AUGUUGUCCAAGAUCUUUCUUGCCUCUAUCUUGACCACCGCGGCGUUGGGCUGUGCGGAUCACUCCAAUCAUCUACCACAUCCUCAUGCACGACGAGACGUUCCACCAGAAGAAGUCGACCCUGGUAGGGAUGUCAACGACUGGACAUACGAAGUUUCUUCUGAUUGGGCAUAUAUCAAUCCCAGUGAGCCGAACCUCCCCGUGAAUAAAUAUCUAGACUGGUCGUUUUCUGCGCAUGAUAUUGAACUACAUACUGAUAUCCUUGGAAUUGGAACAGAAUACGCCCUCUGCCAGAACGGCACCCAGCAAGCCCCGGUCGGUCUAACUUCUGAUCAGGGUUUCUCCGAGGUUCACGAACCAGUGUUUGGCAACUACGAAGGGAACGUCACUGGGACGUACUACAACUGGGGAUACGGUCCGGCUUUCACGCCGAUGUACAACAAAAGCACCAUCUACAGUCUCCCCAACCUCACCUUCGACGGGAACACUUCCUACAUGGUCGGGUGGCAUACCCACGCCCCAGCCGAGCACCCGGUCAACGGCAAACGCAGCAUGGCGGAAAUCCAUUUCGUGCACGCGGACACGGACGGCAACUAUGCCGGUGUCCUGGCCAUGCGAAUCGAUCCCUCUGGGGAUAUCGACUCCCCGUUUGUAUCCCAGUGGCCCUGGACCAUUGGAUUCAACGAGACCAGGCAGUUGACCAACGUCCAACAAGACCUGGAUCUGGCUCUGCAAGAGGUCGUGUACUUUGACAAUUUCUGGACUUACAUGGGUAGUUUGACCGUUCCUCCAUGCAAGGAGGGCAUUCGAUUCUUCAUGGCAGAGCAGGUGCUUUACGUCAGCAACGCGCAAAUGCAGCGUAUCCUGGGCAUGUCGGCGUACUCGACUCGCAUUGAGCAACCAAUCUGGCUGCAGGGCGUAAACGAGUGA